AUGGAAAAUUCUGACUCCAUCCAAGGUGUUUUCAGGAAUAAACAAUGGUAGGAAACUUCAUCCCACCUUCUUUUGAAAGUACUGAAGUAGUAGUGUGAAUACUCGGAGACGUUGCAUUUCUUUUCUUUCCUCACCAAAUCUCUCCAUCAAUAAAAAGGGGUGUAGGACUUGCAGGAUGAACAAUUAUCACUUGGAUUCUCUCUUCUCCUCAUCGAAGCCCCCUCGCUUUCUUGUCCUCUCUCUCUCUCUCUCGUUCUAUCAUCUUUCUCUCCAUCCAUACAUCGAUCUUAGAUCUCAGAGGUUUAGGAUGGAUCCUUCUAAAUUCAAUUGCUUUUUGUGUCCUGUUCAGUUUCUUUUUGUAAAACCCUGAUUCCAAGAAUUCGCUCGUGUUUUUUCUCACCAAAUUAGGAUCUGGGUUCUCUUGUUCCGCUUUAUUUUUCACUUGGGUUCGCAACCAAUUUCAGUUCAAUCUUCUUGUUUCUGCCUUUGAUUGUUGGCGCAAAAUAUUGUCUCAAACCCGUGUUUUUCUAUUGGUUGAAUUUGGUAACUGUGCCAAUGGUUGUGCUUAGGGAGAGUGGAGAAUUGGAAUCGGACGAGCCUACUGAAGAAUCCUCCUUCGAGGAGUUGAACUGCUCGUAUUCCUCUCCGCCUCCGCCGACCACAUAUUCCCCUCCGUGGGGGCCCGCAAAUUUCCCGGAUUUUCCUCCGUCGCCCACAUAUUUCGCUGUGUGGGGCCCCACAUAUUUCCCUCCGUCGGCACCGUCUUUUCCUUUGUAUUUGCCGGCGUCGCCGCCCCCACCAUCCCCAUCCACUUCUAGUACUUUAUGUGUACGGACUAGACUUACUUUUUCGCAUGAUUUCCAAAAUCAACAGCACGAGAACGUCGUUGACCUGAUCGUCGUACACUUUGCGUUGUUUGUGGAUUACCUAAUUGAGGACAGGGGCGGUGCGCUGAAUGUGAUCAACGGGUUGGAAGGCGGUGCGCUGAAUGUGAUCAACGGGUUGGAACUCGGUGCGCUGAAUGCGUUGGACUUCGAGGACGUAUAUGAAGAUUUGCCGUUUGAGUUCAACGAGUUGGAACACCAACAGGAGGACAUCGUUGACCAGCUGGCCGUAGACUACGCGAGAGUGGAUCAUAGUGUAAUUGGGUACAUGGGCGAUGGGUUGGAUGUGAUCUCAGGAGGGGGAGUUUCCAAGGUCAACGGGGUGGAACACAGCCUAGGUCAGGCCUUGUCUACGACUCCAGAACCAUCGGUUGUAAUAUUUACGGACAAGCUCUCCAUAAAAUUGUGGCUGGGACACCGCGGCCAAUGGGUGGCCGAUAUUCGUUACGGGUGGAAUUGGCUCAACCUCGGCACCUUCAGAACCGUCGAGGGCGCCCCCUUAGCCGCUGAAUCUGUAAAAAGGUGGAGGGGAGGGAAGGAUCUUUUCGAUUACCCUCGACCUUUCAUGACUGAAAACGGAUCAGAAUCGCUGCAGUUGCCACCGACGGCACAAGAAGAGAACCAAGAUGAUGGAAUUGGCAGUGAGGGAACAAGGGAAUGUGCAAUGGCAGACCAGGGCCAUUUUAAUUCCGGGGGUUUGGAAAAAAAGGAAAACAAGGGAAAAGAACCCAGGGGAGAGAGAAGAAAGAAGAAAGCAAAUGGAGUUAGAAUUGCAAUUCCUUUGGAUAAUAUCUUACAAACUAAGGGAAUGUGUCUUAAAGCUGCUGCAAAUCAUCUCAAAGUUAGCAUUUCUAAAUUGAAGAGUUCUUGUCGGGAGUAUGGAAUCCUCAGAUGGCCACCUCGCAAUGAACACAAACUUAUCCGGCAAUCUUUUCCCAAAGAAACUCCCGUGGUUGUCGAUCAAGAGGGAAUCCCACAGUUGACUUCUCGUACUGUGCCAUCUAAUCAAGCCUUGACGGCUACAGUUGACACAAAUAGUGUUGUUGAAAAGGAAAUUCCACUACUGCAGUUUUUGCCUACAGCUCAACAAGAGAACCCUGGUGCGGGUUUUGGCAACAAUGAAGCUGAAGCAAUUGGAGUGGGGGUUGAGGGAACAUGGGAGGCUGUAAUGGAAGAGGCCCAAUUGAAUUCUGGGUGUUUGGGGAAAAAAGGGAAAAGGAAGGUAAAUACCCCAGGAGGAGAGAGAGGUAACAACAGAACUGAUGGAGUUAGAAUUGCAAUUCCAAAGGAAGAUAUCUUACAAACUAAGGGAAUGCGCCUUAUAGAUGCUGCGAAGCAUCUCGAAGUUAGCAAAUCUACGCUUAAGCGAGUCUGUCGGGAGUAUGAUAUCUACAGAUGGCCACCACGCAAGGAACAAGAACUUAUCGGUCAAUCUCGCCUCAACAGCUCUCCCGCGGUUGUAGAUCAAGAGCAAAUCCAACAAUUGAAUCCUGAUACGCUGCUGUCUUCUAAUCAAGUCUCGGCUACUAGCGAUACAUAUAGUGUGAAGGUAAAGGUAAGGUGUGAAGAAGGAACCAUAAUGUUUCGGUUGUCUUAUCCAUGGCGAAAGGUAGAGCUGGAACAACAAGUGAAAGAGAGGCUGUCGUUCGAGGCUGGAACUUACAAAAUCGAGUACAAAGAUGAGGAUGAUGAGUUGAUUUUAAUAAAUUGUGAUAAGGAUUUAGAGGAAUGUAUCUCCAGUUCUAGCGCAGGGGGCAGCCGUUCGAUUGAGUUAUUUCUUAAACUAAAGUAGCUCAUGAUUUCGCUUUGGCCAAUUUUAAUCUUGGUACUGGAGCAUUUACCCUUGUUAAUUUUACUUUAGAAGAAGUGUUUGGUUAUGCAGUCAAACUGUUAGGACGUCUCCAGAUCUAUUGCAUCGGAGAAGUGCAUAUACAGAUUAUCCAAUAGCUUGAUAUUGUAGUUGUUGUUGCUAUGGUUUGAAAAUUUAGUGCUUCAUAUAUACUGGUGCUUAUCUGUA